AUGAGUGAUUCCAAUUGGAAGAAGCUUAUACAAAUGGUCUCGGCACUUUGCAAGAAGUUCAAAAAGGUUCAACAAGGCUUGUCAUCAAGCAAACUUGCAUUUGGAAAUAUUAAUUCCACUGCAGACUCCAAGAACACAGAGGCCUGGAUUGCCCAGGAAAAAAAAGCACAGCAAAACCAGCUGCAUAAAGAAAAUGCCAUGGAUAUAUAUGAAGUCUCUUUGGCAAAAUUACCCAGCAAAGCAGAAAUCCAGUUGCAUUUAUUGCAACAGGAAACAAGAAAUGGAGUGGUUCCAGGAACCACUGCUUGGUUAUCAGUGGGUCUGAAGUUGAAAGAGACUCAGAUACAGCUGCAAAUAUAUGCAAAACAAAUAAACAAAAAAGGCACAACCACAGAAAAACUGGAGUUAGAGUGA